AUGGCGUCGCCUAGACCGAGAGUCCAAGGAAGCACAAGGCGCGGAGGUCCGAACUUGCCGUCGUUGUUACAGACGACGAAGCUCGGCCACAGUGAAUGCGUUGGGUUAACUGGUAUCGAACGGUCGAACGAAAGUGUCGUCAUUGCCAAUCGCCUAUGUCGAUUUGCCGAGGCGAAGAUGCUUCGCUUGUCUCGGUUCGACUCGAACACAAAAUAUGAGUCGGUUCCUUACAAGACUCGAUUACGGACGGUUGCCAAGUCGGCAAAUAAAAACGAACCGCAUCAACGAAUCGUCGACAACGGAGAAGCCGGUCGCACGCACGACAAAAUCACCGGUCAACUCAACUUGCCAUACUUACCGAUCUGA